UAUAUAUUUAUAUAAAUAUUUACUUUCUCCUUUCUUUUUGUUUAUGUUUUUUUACUGUACUAUAAUCGAACAUGGGAAAGACUUCAUGCUGCGGCAAACAAGGGCUGAAGAAAGGUUCAUGGACCGAAGAAGAAGACCAGAAGCUCUUCUCUUACGUUCGACAACACGGCGAAGGAGGCUGGCGUUCCUUGCCCCAGAAAGCUGGGCUUUUGAGGUGUGGGAAGAGCUGCAGAUUGAGAUGGGCGAAUUACCUGAGGCCGGGCAUUAGGAGAGGAGAAUUCAGUCCGGAGGAAGAGCAGACUAUUAUUCGACUUCAUGCUGUUCUGGGAAACAGGUGGUCAACCAUAGCCAGACACUUGUAUAAGCGAACAGACAACGAAAUCAAGAAUUACUGGAACACAAAGCUGAGAAGACGCGUGGCAGAGAUAAAUCUUGCUAGUUCUAGUACAACUUGUACCCCCACAACUACCGCACAUUUGUCUACGAACCCUGACCACAACAUCAACCUCUCUGAUCAUCAACAUGAAUCCCAGAAACCAACAGAUCCUAAUGAGGAGAGAGAAAGUGGUUCUUCUGAAGAUGACAACAUUUUCAGUGAUCCUGGUAACGUUAUUUCUGGCACAAGUAGUACUAGUACUACUACAAGUACUCAAAAUAAUAACAAAAUUGCAUUGUCAACUUCAGCUUCUCAUCUACUUAACAACAUAGCCAAGCCUAGUUCACAUGAUGGUCCCACCAGUACUAGUAAUGCAAAGACUACUUCUAGUACUAGCACAACUAUUUCUCAUGAUCUUGAUCAAGAGACAAGGUCUUCUUCAUCUUCCUCUUCUUCCUCGGCCCGGAUUCUCAACAAAAUUGCUUCGAAACUUACUCUACUAAACCUUCCCCGUGUGGUCGUCGACGGUGCUUCCAUCAAGUCUCCUGUCAAUGGCACUAGGAGGGGCGGGAGUGUCGGCGAAUUUAGCUUGUGUGGCGGAUGCAAUUCGGGUUCCCCCGCCUCCUCUACACCAAGCAACGUUGAUCCUUUUGAUCAGGAUGUUUCACCAGGGCCAGUAUUGUCACAACACACUGGAUUUUCAGCAUUUAGUGGGGGUCAGUUAAUGUGCCAACAAGGCAUGGAAGUACUUAACCCCAUGGAGGUGUUUAUUUCCGACGAUAAUGUUAAAAUUUAUGAUGAUGAUCUUGAGAAAAUGUUGGUCACAAGCUUUCCCAAUGCCACUUAUUUAUUUGACCAACAAAUAGGAUCUGUGGAUAACACUACUACUAAGGUUAGUUUCACCGAGUAAUUGUGAUAUAUGAUCACCAGUUGUGAAACUUGACAUUUUUUUUUUUUUUUGUAUUAUUAUGUUUCCGCGUGACGGUGGCUUAU